AUGCUGUCGUGUUUGGUCAAAACUCUCUGCUCUUUUUCUUGUACUAAUAAUAAUUGUCUUUUUCGACCAUUCAGUUUUGUUAUUGAUCCUUGUCUUCAAACACACUCAACUUUCAGGAAAUCUGCUUGUAUGAUGGAUGGAAAAACCUCUGCAAGCACUAUUCAAGGAUUCAAUCGGAGAUGUUCUGAGGGAAAGGGUUCAUUCCGAGCUACAACAGAUAAUAAUGACAAAACUUUGCAUGUUAAUCAGCAUGCUCAGACUAGUGACACGGCAAAGCUGAAGAAAGGCUCAAAAAUUGUCGGAGGAGGUCUAAGACAAUACAGUAUAAUGGUUUGUAAGAAGGUGGAAGAUAAGGGACGAAUCACAUACAGUGAGGUUGCAGACGAAAUCAUAGCCGAGUUAAUGGCAAUGGAAAGCAGUUCCUCAGUUCCCCUUAAUGAGUCAGAUGAGAAGAAUAUACGUAGACGAGUAUAUGAUUCGCUCAAUGUCCUUAUGGCCCUCGACGUUAUCGAAAGAGAUAGAAAGGAGAUCCGCUGGAAGGGCCUUCCUGAUUCAGAUUCAAGGGACAUGGAGGAAACGAAGAAGCAGCAUGCAGAAUUAAUGGCGAAGAUUGGGAAGAAAGCUGCAUAUCUGAAAGACUUGGAAGAGCAACUUGCAAGUCUGCAGAAUCUUAAGCUGCGGAAUGAACAGUCGUGUAAAUCUACAAAUGGCCCUUCACAAGGAUUCUCUUUGCCAUUUAUACUUGUUCAGACUGCUUCCCAUGCUACGGUUGAAGUUGAGAUCUCGGAGGAUAUGCAGUUGGUCCACUUUGACUUCAACAGCGUUCCUUUCUCUUUGCACGAUGAUGCUUAUGUCCUAAAACUGAUGCACAAUUAUGAGCUCUUAGAGAGUGAAAGUGUAUCUCAAACUUCCUAAAUACACUCAUCGUGUAGCUAGUCCUGAGGUCGCUUCAGAAGGCAGCAGAUCAUUUUACUGGAACUUCGGAAUUGACACACCCCAAAUGAUAUUUUGUCAAUCUACAUAGAGACUCCAGUAUUAGUCACACAGUAUUUGUACCUUACAGAAUACAUAGUCAUACAUGGCAUUAAUACAGUUUAUGUAGAAGUUAAAGAGCUGGUAAUUAUCUUUGUUGCAUUUUGCAACACUCAAAUAGGCUGACACCAUGCCUUGGUAGUUUUUUGUUCUUUUCUGGAAAAUGGUAGUAUAAGAUUUUGGUGAACAGAAAUGUACUUAGUGUAUCUUAUGUUUUAUUUUGGACACAUCGACUGCCGCUUAAAUUUGUCAGUAAAUUUUAUUCAGACUCUUUGAUU